AUGCUGAAAGUGCAUAGUGAUAGGGAAUUUACAAAUGUGAUGAAACAGUUCGGUCUCACGUUGGUCUCUGAAAUGGACAGAUAUGAUAGACAGCUGAGACUAUGGGGGAAUGAUGGUCAGGAAAAGCUGAAAAAUGCGCACAUUGGUAUACUGACACCGUGUUAUCCCACAAAUUUAAUACACGAAGUGCUGAAAAAUGUUUUACUAUUGGGAGUUCUGCAGAUCACCAUAGUGUCUAUGGAUAGUGGUGAGGGGGCUGGCACGAGGAAAGAAGACCCCCUCGCUUUCUUCGACGAGAAGGCGCUCUUUGGUAUAAAGGGUCUGAAUCCUACAGGCGAUGGAAAAAAAAGGCAAAUAGAUUGGGAUGACGCGAAGGCUUCUGUUGACUGGUCGGCGUUUUCUGUCAUAUUAGAGUUGGAUCUGGGGUGGAAACAAUUCACGGCCUGGGAGCGUUUCAAAUCAGAGGCAAAAUAUGUCAAUUUCCCUCCAUCUCUAGUCAUGCUCACAACGGGGAGAUUCAGUUACUAUCACCUAGCUCUGACCGAACCACAUUUUGUUAUAAACACGCGAUUGGAGCACAUGCUACCGGUGUUCCGUUUCAACAAUCCAUGGUAUGAGCUGCGGCGGUUUAUAGAUUCCAUUGAGCCGCCCACGUUGUCCAGUGAGGAAUUCUCAAAGCUACCCUAUCCAGUUAUCAUUUUCAAAGUGUUGGAAUGGUGCCUUGAGAAACCGAAAAGCUCAAAAGAGCUCCAGGAAAAAAUCGAUUUAUAUCUGGACUCAAUGAAGGUACCAAAAAACAUAGACCUGAAUGUGAUCGAAGCUAAAAGAUUCGCCCAUUUGGCGACAAAAAUAGUCGAUCACAAAUUACAAGGUACGCUUGAUUUACUUGAUCAAUGCAAACAUUAUUUGUCCAUUGAUCUAAAAAAGCGGUGGUAUAGCGACUUUAACAAGCAAAUGGCCGCGUUAUUGUACUGUCUUGAGAAGUAUAUCAAACGAUUUGGUGAUAUACCAUUGAGUGGAGAAUUUCCUGACAUGGAAUCAGGGUCAGCACACUAUGGAGCCCUGAAAUCUAUUUAUGAUGAUAAAAAACUACACGACUUGAAAGCGUUUAAAGAAAUUGUCUAUAAACUGCUUGGAGAUAGAGUACCUGAUACUCUUGUAGAAAGCUUUUGCAACAAUUUGGGUUUCAUUAGUUGUUUAUCACCAACAACCACAGCACUCGAUUCUCUUUAUGAGUGUCAGGGGUCAGAUUCGCUUAUGGCUAACACUGCGCCAAUAGGAUAUUGCUAUCCAAACGACGCAUUUAUGGCAGGCCUCAUUUCUCAGGAGAUGAUCAAAAUUGUGACCCAUCAAUAUCUUCCUAUCAAUGACACAUUCAAAUACGAUGCAUUUAAUAUCGAGAGUGGUGCUUACAAACUAUAG